GAGAGGAAGAAGCCCCUAUAAAACAGGCACCAGUAGCUAGCCUGGUGAGCAGAGCUGUGGCCAGCAGUGGAGAGGGAAUCUUGUUGCCACCAUGAGUUUCUCCGGCAAAUACCAACUGCAGAGCCAGGAAAACUUCGAGGCCUUCAUGAAGGCAGUGGGGGUGCCUGACGACCUCAUCCAGAAGGGGAAGGACGCCAAGGGGUUGACGGAAAUUGUGCAGAACGGCAAGCACUUCAAGAUCACCAUCACUACGGGGUCCAAAGUGAUGCACAAUGAGUUCACCGUGGGCGAGGAGACUGAGAUGGACAGCAUUACCGGGGAGAAGAUCAAGUCAUUGGUUAACUUGGAAGGUGACAACAAGCUGGUGACAAUGUACAAAAACAUCAAGUCUGUGACUGAAAUCAAUGGGGACAUCCUGACCAGCACUCUGACACUGGGUGACAUUGUCUUCAAGAGAGUCAGCAAGAGAGUUUAGACAAGUUUGCAUUUCAUAUUUUUCUAUUGUGGAAAAUUCAUAGAAUAAAGUUCAUUUAAAUUUU